GCGACGGGGCAUGCGCGGUGCGGCGGGGCUCGGCACGCCUGGGCGAGGAGUGUCCGGGCAGAGCAGAGCGGAAGGUGUAUCACCGGGAUUCUGGAAGCCAAACAAUUUGAGAAAAUCAACAGCAGAAAGGCAAUACAAAAUUGUGGAUCUUGAGAUCGAGAAUACGUAAUGGCUAAGGUCUACAGGAUCUCUGUACUGGAACAUUGUUGCAUGUUUUGCGAUGAAGCAUCAACCCACUGCGGUACACUUGCCUGAUAAUUGGUCAGUGUGAGCUAUACUGGAAGCCAUGGAAAAGGAGGGCAGCAUCCAGCUGGAGGUACCGGAUUUCAGCUGCUCCGUGCUGGCCCAGCUCAACCAGUUGCGGAUGCAAGGGCGGCUCUGCGACAUUGUGGUUGACGUCCAGGGAAAGUCCUUCCGUGCCCAUAAGGCCGUGCUGGCCGCCAGCUCACCGUACUUCCGAGACCACAUGUCCCUGGGCGAGAUGAGUGCCGUUUCCAUCUCCGUCAUCAAGAGCCCUGCAGUGUUUGAGCGCCUGCUGGCCUUCUGCUACACGGGCAAGUUGUGCCUGCAGGUGGCCGACAUCAUCAGCUACCUGACGGCAGCCAGCUUCCUCCAGAUGCAGUACAUCAUCGACAAGUGCACGCAGAUUCUUGAUAGCAUUCACUUCCGCAUUGACAUCUCCGAGGUGGAGGCCGGGCUGACCCAGGACGGGCUACAGCGCCCGAGCCAGCCCCGCGGUGGCAGCGGCGCCCUCCCGCCCAAACCACGGCGAGGGCGGGCAUCCUCAAACUACGCCGGGAAUGCGGCCCGCGGAAGCCCCUUGCCUGACGAGUUGGUGGGUGAAGGUGGCAACGACGAGAGGCUGGUGCGCAUCGACAGAGUGGGUCAGUGGUACGUGGAGACCGGGGUGAGCAGCGACCGCAGCCCGGAAACGAUCCGGCAGAUCAGCAGCAUGCGGAUCAAGACGGAGACUCCGGAUGAGUGGAUCGUGUCGGAAAAUCAGCCAUCCGGGGAAGACGGCAGUAGUGCUGAGGAGGUGACCGCCAUGGUGAUUGACAGUGCUGGGCACAGCACUCUGGUCCAAGAUACAUUUCACACCGCAGCCUCGAGCGGCAAGACCUCCAGACCAUCCAGCAGCUUUAGUGAGAUGGACAGGUUCAGCCCAUCGGGCAGCGUAGUUUGCACCGUGUCGGAGCGUCACAGAGCAAGGAGCGAGUCCCCAGGCAAAAUCGAUGAGCAGAAGCAGUCCAAUUCACAGACUGGCGACAUCCCACUUUUUGGCACCACUGGUUAUGAAGAAUACCUCCGGGACCAAGAAGUGGCCGAACGCUGGUACCGUUACAAUCCUCGUCUGACGUGCCUGUACUGUGGCAAAUCUUUCAACCAGAAGGGAAGCCUAGACCGUCACAUGCGCUUGCACAUGGGCAUAACGCCGUUUGUGUGCCGGAUCUGUGGGAAAAAGUACACCCGCAAGGACCAGCUGGAAUAUCAUAUACGCAAGCACACUGGGAAUAAGCCCUUCCACUGCCACGUGUGUGGCAAGAGCUUUCCAUUCCAGGCCAUUUUAAAUCAGCACUUCAAAAAGAACCAUCCGGGUUGCACGCUGCUGGAAGGGCUGCACAGUAUCUCACCAGAGACAACCUCCAAGGGACAGAACGGAGAACAGUCGCCACCUCAGGACCAGGCGAAAGCAGUGGGUGAACUCAUUCACACUUCCAUCUCAACUACAGGUCCUGACUGACUGCACUGGAGGCAGAUGUCUGUCCGAGAGACUGCAGAGGCACUGUUGUUUUUAGAGUGAACUAUUGCAUUUGGAUUUAGAACCAUUUACUGUAUAUGAAGGGUUUUUUUUUCUGCAAGGAAGGAAGAUCAAACUACCCAGCUGCAGGGUUGUCGAAAUUCAAACAACCCCUAUUCUUUUAAUAUCAUGAAUUUUCCCCGCCUUAUGAAAGUCACAAGCAAGGGAUUCUUGGGUGUAUAAAGACAAGAAAGGGCAGUGGGGAGGAAGCUCCCUGAAUAUUAGAAGACCGAAUAGUUAAUAUUGAAUGAGCAGAUUGAAUACAAAUAUUUGACUGCAUGGAUCCCAGUGAUCCCCUUGGGCAGUUUGUACAACAGUCUGAGCCCCUUCCUGUGCUCAUUCCUCAACAGGUCUUGAGCUGCCUCCCUGAAGUCGUCAAAGUGACUUAUUCAGAGCUGUCAUCAUUUAGAAGGGAUAGCAGAAAAUAAAUCAGGAGCAUCCAUUCUGUAAAGAUGUGAUUGUUGAGGCAGAUUGGCGAUAGACAAUGAUGGGGGAAGGUAAAUGGGUCUGGAGUGGAACAUCCUGAUUAUGCUCCUCAGUGUGAAGUGAUGUGGGUGGCAAAUGGAAAACCCUGUGGUUCUGUACAUUUCUGUAAACGCCUGGCAAAUGUGUUUUGAACCAUAGAUAGUACUUAAAAGAAAUGGGGACACUCCAAAUGAGCAUGGGUGUCCUGGUUUGACAGUAGAUUUACAGUUGAGUGGAUUUGAGUGUGUAAUGUUUCUCAUAGUGUAUGUGCCCUUUCGCCCAAGAUCUCUUUGAGGAUUGAAAAGUGUAUCAUCGUUUCUCUAUCCAAAAUACCUCCUGUGAAUUUUCCAAUGAAGCAUUUCUGUGUCCGCUUGUGAAGCAACAAUUAUCAAAAAUGGAUUGGGGAAAUGUGCUGAGCACAGAAUUUUCCAAAAAAUAUAGCAUUCCAAGAAUAAACGAAUGAAGUAAUUGGUCCUUUGGUGCAGAAAUGCUUCUGCAGAAUAGGUUAGUGUGAUGGAGUGGACAGGACAGUGAAUCAGAGUGUUUCAGCCACCCUUCAGCUGCACCCUGAGUCUCUAACAAGGUGCUAUACUGUGACACAAUUGCAAUAUGUUUCUCUCGCAUUUUGCAAAAUGUUUUAUUUUACUCUCAACUGAUACUAUUUACUGUUCUAGCAAUGUUUUCUGCUUAAGGGAUGGUUGAAAUCUACUGUUAUUGAGGAAUAUGCAGAUGAUGAUUGAAAGGAUUGGUAGGUAGAGGGAGAGAAGCAAUGAGGUUCCUGAACAAAGUCAUAGACUAUUUGAUACAUGCUCACACGAAAAAAACUUCCUCCCAAACGAUUGAGGCGUUGAGUUGAUUGAAAAUAUCAAAACUGAGCUCAAUAUGGUUUUGUCAUAGGAUUGAAUAGGAUUGGGUAUAAGGAGCUAAGAGACAGAUCAGCAAUGAUUUAACUGAAUGGAACAACAAACUCAAUUGACUGGUUUCUUUCUAUUCCAGUGGCCACAAACAAUCAGAAUCAUGUUCUUCAUAUCACAACGUUGUGAAGAGCCACAUGGGUCAAUGCUGCUGCUACACUCAGGGCAUGAAUGAUUUAAACCAAUAAUAGCUUUGUACAAUUAGAUGGACACAUCCAGGACAAAUGCAAAACAAAAUAAUCUCCUUUUGGAUGGAGGUCAGCAUGGGAUGAAUGAAACAGUGAUUAGAGGGCCACUAAAUUUGUGAAGAAGUUUGGGAUUACUGUUCCAAGAACAGUUCGUAAAUAGAAACUUGCAUUCAAUGAGGAACUCUAGCCAAGAUAAAGGUUCUGUUUUUUCAUUCUGCAAAGAGAUGGCGAUUAAAUAUAGUUCAUUCCAUGAAUAGCAAGGGGCCCAAUAAUAAGCCCGUGGAAAGCACUGGAAAUGCAGCCUUAGCAACUGAUAUUUCCAUAAACCAAUAUCUAUGGCUUUCUGCUAUUGAGCUAUUUCAAUACAAUUUGCGAUUUUCCCCUUGGAUCUCAGGGUUUGCUUUCUUCAUCAAUCUGCCAUAUGUGAGAAUGUCUCGGGUUGAUGAAGAAAUUUCACUUUCACAAUCAAUAUCCCCUCAAAAAUAUUCACUGUCUUGUCCAAUCCCACUGUUCCUGUAAAAAAAGACAAACCAUGCUGACUGCCGUUAAUUAAUCUGUGCCUUCUUUAAAUGCUGGUUUGUGCUGUUAUAGUCACCGAGUCAUAGAGCACAGAUAGAGCUUCAGCCCAACCUGCCUAUGCUGACCUAUGAUGCCCCAACUGCAGUACCUGCCCACAUAAUCCUACAGUGAUCCCAUUUCUUUCACCGAAAACCAUAAGGACCACCACCAUCCUGACUUAGAAAUAUAUUGCUGUUAAUUCACUGUUGGGUUAAAAUCCUGGAAACCCCAACCUAACAACAUUAUGGGUAUACCCACACCUCAAGGACUGCAGCUGAGCACCGGCUUCACCACUAUAAGGGCAUUUGUGAAUAGGCAAUUAAAUGCCAGCUCAGCCUGCAAAGCCCCCAUCCCUUGAUUGAAUGAAAAAUACAAUUUUCAUCAACUCCAUCCAGAAUCUACCCUUUACCUUCACUGGAAUUUAGAAGGAUGAGAGGGUAUCUUAUAGAAACAUAUACAAUUCUUAAGGGAUUGGACAGGCUAGAUGCAGGAAACAUGUUCCCGAUGUUGGGGAGCCCAGAACCAGGGGUCAUUCUUAUUCUUAGACCCCCUUCGUUCAUGGCUGACCAUGGGUGUCUCCAGGGUUGGAGGACGCCAGUGCGUGACUUUGUUUAACGUGGGGCGACUGGUGCACAGACAGCCACUACAUGGUCCUUGACAGAUCUGGGUCAGGAUCCAGUGGCAUGGAGUCCAAGACAACCAGAGACCCUUUUCUGCUCCAACCUUCAUCCACCUUCCCAGCCGUUGUGACACUUAACUAAGGUCAGCCAUCAUCCUCCGCCUGUUCCACCGUUGAGAUCUUGGUUGAAUUGCUCUUUGUCAGAGUCCUCCCCCUCGACCUUACUGCCAUGGGUGGUCCUACCAGGAACAUAACUCCAGACGGCAUCGCUCUCAGGACCACACAAGCUUCUCCACCAUGACAAGGUGACAAUCCACGGAGAAGAACCAGGGGUCACAGUUUAAGAAUAAGGGGUACAGCAUUUAGGACUGAGAUGAGGAAAAAACGUUUUCACUCAGAAAGUUGUGAAUCUGUGGAAUUAUCUGCCAUAGAAGGCAGUGGAGGCCAAUUCACUGGAUGUUUUCAAGCGAGUUAGAUAUAAUUCUUAGGGCUAACGGAAUCAUGGGAUAUGGGAGAAAGCAGGAACGGGGUACUGAUUUUGGAUGAUCAGCCAUGAUCAUAUUGAAUGGCCUACUCCACCUAUUUUCUAUGUUUCUAUGACUACUGCGGCCUGUUACUCUUCCACUGGCAUCUCUUUGGGUUAUAGUUGGAGUACCUGGGGGAAACCCACGUGGUCACAGGGAGAAUGUGCAAAGGGAGAAUAGCACCAGAGGUCAGAAUUAAAACAGGAUUGUUGAUACUGAACUGCAGCUCUAGGUGUACCUCUGUGGCUCCCUCUUUACAUAACAACACCACGUCGGCAGUCUUCCAGUUGUAGACAGCAUUGGCAAGCAUGCUAUUUCCUAUCUUGCUGCUUUUCACAGUCCUGACUACAUUUUAUCUGUAGCUGGUAAUUAAUUUACUCCUGAAGAUACUUGGAUUGUUUAUCAUUUCUGUUGUGGCACAUUCUUCCUCAAAUUCAAUUACACUCAUCACAUUUUUUUUAGUGAAGACAGAUGCAGCCGAUUCAUUCAGAACUUUACACACGUGACCCCCUACUCGGUCAUGCAGUUGCUUUUGUAAUAACACCCAGCCUUCCCUUUAUAAUCCUCCAGAGCACCUUCAGUUUUCUUUUUAUUUUACCUGUCAUUGUAUUUGCAUCUGAUCUCAUUAGUCUCCUAAUGUCCCUUUAAAUUCCAUUGUUGUAUCGUUUCUCGUCUAGAUUCUCUAUGGGAACUACAGUUGACCAGGGAUAUGGAGAUCUGAACAGGGGGG